UUUCGAUGCGUAGACAAAUGAUUGUGCAGCAUUUAAGAUGAUGAUACAGGACAAUGAUUCAUGAUUCUCGACCGUGACCGCAGCUCGAUACGUGAUGAUGAGCUUCAAGUUAAGGCAUGGCAUGAGUUGCAAACAUCGCGUACACAGCAAGAACAAUACAGCAUCGGUAGCCAGCACCUUAUAGUUUCCACGUGUACUGAUGUCGGAUCUAUCAGCAAGCAGGACGACUCAGAAAUACGGUUUUCAAGUUGUGGUUAUCGAAGAUUCAGCGCUGGCAGGUCCCCUAUGGUGAGUUGGUAGAGGAUCAAUCUUGAGUAACGUCA